AUGGUGUCCGUCGACGUCGCCGCCUCGGCGACGCUGACGGCCGCCGCUUUCCUCUGCACGUCGACCCUCUAUCCGGCCUUUGGUGUCAUCACCCUUCCCGACGUGGGCUUACCCGUCACCCUCGCCGAACCGCUCGUGCUGCAGGUUCCCUGCGUGCCGCUCUUACUACGCGCCGACAGUAAUGAUGGCAGCAGCAGUAGCAGCAGCACCUCCAUCACCACUACCACGUCCACUGCAAGCGCCCAAUCGAAGCAAGGCGCCACUACCGGCGGCACGCCCAUCACUACCUCCCCCGCUGUCGCGACCGGCUCGGCAGAGGCUGCCGCCGCCACGAACCCAACCACCACCGACGACGGCAACAUAACAAUCUCGGACAUUGUUCUCACCGCGACCACGGGCACCCCCACUGCCACGGCCACGCUCAACUUUCACAAUGGCAACGACAACCCCAAGAAUGUCCACAUAUCCAGCUUCGGCGACCCCUUCUACCUCUCCACCUCGCCCAUCAUCUACGCCCUCUCCGCCACCACAAUUGUCUCCUGGAUGCUCGUCAUCGCCCUCUUCAUCACCACCCGCUCCACAUUCGACGGCGGCAUCGUCUACCUCGGCAGCCGUGGGAGCUUCACCGGCACCACCUCGGCCGGCGUCAGCAUCGGCGGCCGUCCCUGGCUGCAAAAGAUUGCCGCCCUCACCGUCGCCAUAUCCCUCACCAUUGCCACGGCCGACACAAUGUCCAUUGUCAAGGACCAGUAUGUAUGGGGCAUCACCAAUGCCCGUGAGCUACAGCGCGACGUCAUGUCUCGCCUCGAGCUCAAGGUCAUUCGCAUCAUAUCGGAUACCUUUCUCUGGCUGGCGCAAGCGCAGACCCUGAUUCGCCUCUUUCCUCGACAUCGCGAAAAGGUUGUCAUCAAAUGGGUUGCCUUUGCGCUCAUCAGUCUCGACAUUGUAUUUUCCUCGCUCAACAGCUUCCCUUUUGGUGAAUACGAUAUUUUAAACGGCAACUACGUUGACCCAAACGACGGCGACGACAGCAAGAGCAACAAGGGCCUCGCCCACCCCAUACCAGCCAUUAGCUACGUUUUCAAACUAUCACUCGGCCUCCUCUACUUUUUUUGGGUCUCCUACUACGCAUUCUUGAAGCGGCGCUACGCCUUUUAUCACCCUUUGAUGAAGAACAUUAGCCUUGUUGCGGUGAUUUCACUCCUGUCCAUCACCGUGCCCAUUGUCUUUUUCAUCCUCGACAUUUCGAAACCGAACUUUACUGCCUGGGGUGACUAUGUUCGCUGGGUCGGCGCCGCCGCCGCCAGCGUGGUUGUGUGGGAAUGGGUCGAAAGGAUAGAGGCCCUGGAACGAGAAGAAAAGAAGGACGGCGUGCUGGGCCGUGAAGUAUACGACGGAGACGACAUGCUUGAGAUCAACGCCGCCGAAUAUCCCUGGCGCCAUAAACACGGCAAAUUCGGAGGAAGCGGCAGCAGCGGUGGAAGCAACGGCGUCGACUUGGAAGGCGGGCAGAUGCAUCACCGCCCUAAUGGAUAUGCGCUUGGCACAGGCGGCUCGCCUAAUGGGCAGGCGGGGCUACCAACGCGUGAACACGAAGGGCGCAGCAUGGGCGACAUACUACGACCACCCAUAUGGUCGCAACGAGCAGCGCAGGCUGCCACACCCGUCAGCAGAACCAAUACGCCCAGCGCGGCAAGCACAGUAUACGCCGUACGAUAUCAGGGCGAGUCGAGAACACCGGAGCCGCCUAUACCGUAUUACACGCACACGACCGAUUUAGCCAGGCAACCCAGCGGGCAUCAAAGCUAUAGCGAGGAUGCUCACGACACACGGAGCCAUAAUGGACGAGGGGCAUAUGCGAGAUCGUCACCGGAUAUGGCUGGUGACGCUGCCAACACCACAAGUGAAAAUAGCAGAGAUCCAAGCGCAGUGAUACCGACCACCGCUCGGGUUAUGCGCUCGGUUUCGUACAGUCAUGAGCCGGAAGCUCAAGAUGUCGCUGACGAACAGAUUGUUGCUCGAAGUAUGGAUUUCAACACCAUUACAACAGGCAGCCGAGGCGGGCGCGGUGGCAGAUGGGAUAUCCGUGGGCGCCUGGAAGACUUUGCAGCCUCGCAGGCCGAUCAUUUCCGCGAGAAAUUCCACCCUUCUACCGAUACGGAGAAGCUACCCGUUACGGUGGUGCCUGCGCCAUCUCGUGUGGGUGCCGCGCUGCAGCAAGUGCUUGAAGAAGACGAAGGCAACGAAGUGCGGAGACAACAGCAGCAGCCUACGCAGCAGCAGUCACAAGGUGGUAGCGUCUACGGUGGCAGCUCGGCUAUUGACGCCGCGGCAUCGACGGCGUCGGAACGGUACGCCAACGGCCCUGCACGGCCUGCGGCGGCGCGCAGCCGGCCCCAGCCGCUUCCCCUGCCGGUGAACCAGCCACCGCUGUGGCCGGGCGUGCAUCGGCGGGCCGCGACCUACGACGAGGAAGAAGAGGGCGAAUCGUUUGAUGGCGAAGAGGAGGAUGAGGACGAGGGCCAGUCGACGACGGACGACUUGUCGUCGGUGCUGUCCCGGGAGCGGCCAGGCGGAUCAUCGGCGUCUCGCGCGGGGUAA